GCAAAGCAAGCAAAGCAGCUAUUCGCCAUCGUUGAUGGGCGCACAACGACAGUUCAGAGCUGGGUGCAUCAUUUAUCUCGUGACGAACGUGAAUUUUUAUGCUUAAUGAGAGCAAAAAGUACGUUGAAGUGAAACCAGAGCCGUACACGAAACGUUUUAAGAUUCCACAAGAUGUCAUCUGCACAAGUUGAUCGUUCCACCAAAGUGGGAAAUAUUACUAAAAAGGAGAAUGAAAAAUCCAGAAAAACUUUUAAUUCCUCCCAUAAAAAGCACAAGCAUGAGGACAGCCGUCAUUUCAAAUUUGGAAGAAAGCGUCUACAAAGCUUUACCAGCAAUGGUAAAUUUUUUCCACCAUAUAAACGUAGAAAGAAGGAAGGUGUGAUUAUUCCACCUACUAAGUUUCUACUUGGUGGCAACAUAUGUGAUCCCUUAAAUUUAAACAGUAUGCAAGAUGAGGAAAUAAAUAGAGCUAUGAAUGCUGUUACACCUAAGUCUAGCCCUUUACCAACACCCAAGCACAAAAAGGAGGUUAUUGAAGUUAUAAUACCACCAAAUAUCUGUGAUCCUUUGAAUCUAAGCAAUUGCAAUGACAAUGACAAUGAUGAGUAUGAGAAACAACUUAUAUCUCCAACAAAAAAGGGUUCUAAAAGGAGAAAUAGAAAGAAAAAACGGGCAUCUUCUGGUUCUGGGAACGAUGCAAGUGAUUUAAUUGAAAUUAAAACUAAGGAUUGUGAUACUACUGAUAUCGCAGAACCCAUAGAACAAAGUGCUCCAGAAAAUGUUGAAACAGAACAACAACCAGCACCAUCAAACUCACCAGCGGACAAUCAGCCUAAAGAGUCAAAACCAGAAAGUCCCCAGAAAGACAAAAAUAAAUUACGAUUAAAGGGAUUAGAAGAACCUAAAGAUAAAAGGUUAAGAAAGGUAGAUGUUAAGGAUAAAAUUGUUAGCCCUGUGAUUCCUCAGCCUGGAGCAUGGAAGCCGAGACCACAACAUCGCCCGAGUCAGGACAAGAAAAAGAACCAAAAAAUGCCAAACUUUCGAGAGAAAGACUCACGUUACCAAUAUGGCAACUACAACAGGUACUAUGGGUACCGUAAUUCUCUUCACGAAAUGGACACAAGACUGACAGUAUUUGCACAACGCAAACAUUUAUUCUUUGGGAAAGAUGUAUUAGACAUUGGUUGCAACAUUGGCCACAUUACCCUUUCCGUAGCAAGAGAUUUUUCUGCCCGCAGUGUAACUGGUAUUGACAUUGAUAGAACACUCAUCAAUAUAGCUCGAAAAAAUAUCAAACACUAUGUCAAUUGUGUACAGUCUCCUGCUGGUAAUGAAGACAGCCAUCAUCAGGAUGUAAACUUCUUCCCAAUGUCUAUGCCAAUCAAUUAUGGCCCAGUUGAUAUUCCAGGUUUCACAAAGAAUAAGAACCACAAAGGUUUCCCCUACAAUGUCACUUUUGUGCAGGGUAAUUACGUACUCGAAGAUGACUCGCUACUAUGCACGGAACAACCACAAUUCGACACCAUCCUCUGUCUAUCAAUAACCAAGUGGAUACACUUGAAUUUUGGCGAUGCCGGAUUGAAACAGGCCUUCAAACGCAUGUAUGCUCAAUUGCGCCCUGGUGGGGUUUUAGUAUUAGAACCUCAAGGCUGGAGUAGUUAUACCAAGAAAAAAAAUCUUACAUACUGUCCUAAAUUCGAGUUCCGACCACACAGCUUCACUCAGUAUCUCCUAUCUCCUGAAGUCGGUUUUUCCAAGUGCGAAGUGUUGUCUAUUCCUCCUCAUCCAUCAAAAGGAUUUCAACGACCAAUUCACUUAUUUACCAAAGCUGGUCCCAUUCAAGAAUCUCCUGAUAAUUCCAUAGUAAACGCUUUAAAAAGGCAAGAACGAAUAGACGAAGAGAAGAGAAAAAUGGAACAGAAAGAAUAUGAACAGAAAUUGUUCAAGAAAGGAGAGACUAAAGAGGGAAACCUGUCAGAGAUCAGUCAGCAAAGCAACGAGUCCAUGAGUCAGUAUGAUCAAUUGGAAAAUGUCUAUGCUCCAAGUGCAACUCCAUGUUACGAUACGCCAGGCCACAACAGCGACAAUCAGCCUCCAGAUGCUUCGAAAAUGUGCUAUAUAGACGUCAGCAUGGAAAAUGAUAAAGUAGAAGCGGAGAGUCAAGGAGAAUCUAAUUCGACUGAGAAUCAAACGUCUCGGAAACGGAAUAUGGAGGUAGAUGAUCGGACAAUAGUGACAAAGAGACCCAAACCAGAGAUUGAAGCCUUCAAAUCCAUCACGAAUGAAGGUAAAAGGAAAACAGAAGCUAAGGAACAACAAACAUCACAGGAAUCUGUAAAUGAGAGUGGAAAUAAAACAGAAGUAGAACUGAGGAAGAACAAUGAAUCGAAUACUCAAUCAGUAACAGAAAAAAAUCAUGCAAGCUGCCGUUCAAAGCAGAAGAAUGAUACAGAUGAAAAAGUUUCGAGUUUUACAGAAAACAAAGAAGAUUCAAGGAGCGAAGAAUGGAAAGAAAAGGGAAAGGGAUCGAGGAGUCGAUGUGAAGAAAAACAAACCGAGAGGCAACGCUGCCAACUGACCUCGGAUAACACGUAAAUAAGUAGUUUCGAUGCCCUCUGCGUAGAAAACGAACGGUGCUAUACUACACACAGACACACUUGGGCUGCUUGGUUAUCCAUUUACUUGGCCGACGUUUCCUGUUUUCUCAUCGUCCUUCCA